CUGGCCUUCCGCCCCACUAGCGAAGCAGCGCUGCUUUGGUGGCAAGACAUGCCGCUUCUUCCCGCGCGGAGGGUAUCUCCAAGCCUUGUAAUUACGUAAAUAUGAAAAUGAAUAUACAGCCGCUGUUAAGGCCGGGGGUACUAGUCCUGCUCAGCGUUAAAAAUGCACAGCAAACACUAUUUAGCCAAUCAAUGAAAUCACAAAUCUUCAGCAAUUUACACUGUGUGUGCUGGACAUCUAAUAUGCGCGACAGCACUGCAAUACCCACUGUUUGGCGCUAUGCGCAUUUGCAUAUAGCACAGAUUGCCACGAUCACCCCUAUUAACCACACUCUCUGCUAAAUCCUUCGUCUGUAUUAGCAGAGGCAGAUGGGCAUUUUUGCUCUGAUCUCCCACAAGGGUAUAUAACACCGAUUGGUGUAGACCAA